AUGAAACUGGUAAAACAAAAGAAGCCGCAAAAUCAUAAGUCAGUUCAGAGAGAAAUAGGAAUCAAACAAAAAGAAAAUAUUCCAACUGGAAGUGACGACCCUUACGCAUACUUUUUCCGAGUUCUACAUAGAAGUACAAACUUUUCGGACAUACACAAUCCAAACAAGCCCAGUGCUAAUGAAACCCAGAGUCCAAAUUGCUUUAGACAAGUCCAGAUAUGGGGUCCUAAUGUAUUCCAGAUCCGACCUCGAGGGAUAGAACCUUGUCCUGGUUUACCAUGCGGUGUUAGAUUGAUCUUCGAUACAAACUAUCAAACUCUGAAGAACAGCCACGCCGUCUUUCCAUUUCAUUUGGCGAAGUGGGAUUGGAGUAAAUUAAUAAAUCACAAACCUAAAGGACAAAAAUGGAUCUUCUUCUCAAAUGAAAGCCCCGUGAACACAGAACCCCAUAGUGUCCCACCUCAGGAAUACCGCACUAGGGCUUAUGAUUAUUACAUGACGUAUCGAUCCCGGUAUGCACAACUGUACGGGGGUUAUGGUUACUACAAUGCAAGCAAACCAUCAGUCGAGCUCAAUGAUACACGAAAUUGGGCAAGCGGUCGGAAAGGAAAGGUUGUUUGGUUGGCGCAACAAUGUGAUCAUGUUAACAAUCGAUAUCUUCACUGGAAUAGGACAGGCUUCGUCAAAGAACUCUCUCGCCUGGUGGAUGUAGGUAUAUAUGGCAAGUGUGGUAAACAGGCCCCUUGUCCUGCACGUCAUGCCAAAAGAGAAGGGGAGAACUUUGUGACAUCAUGCAGUAGUUUCCUCCGACGAUUCAAGUUCUACCUUGCCUUUGAGAACAGUGCCUGUCGGGAUUACAUCACUGAAAAAUUAUGGAACAAUGCCUAUAUGAACAAUUUAAUCCCAAUUGUCUUCGGAGCUCCGCGCGCAGAUUACGAAGCAGUGGCCCCACCCCAUUCAUUAAUCCAUGUUGAGGACUUUGAAACCCUCCAGGACCUUGCUGACUAUAUCAACCUCGUAGACAGAAACGACCGUCUCUACAAUACGUAUUUUGAAUGGAAGAAAUAUGGAUCCGUCGUCGCUUUUAGUGAAAACAUGGCGAAAUGGCUCUUUGAGCCCUGGAAUAUGUGUCAAGUCGUCAACAGAUUGCUAGCUGAUGAGGAAUUAACCAGUGAGGGUCUGCCGGUCCGCCAAAGCCUUCCUCCUUUAACAAACUGGUGGACGAACUCCUGCCGGAAACUUGAAGGGUUUCCAAUGAAAAUACAGAAAUAA